CUUGUUGCCGACAUGCGUCUAAUCCAACCCGCCGCCAUGAAGCUAGGCUCUUGUGGCGGAGAGUGUUGAAAAGGCAAGUGAGCUUGUAUGAGCAGAUUAUCUGCCUUAGUGGCGUCCGAUGCACCGCUGUAUUUUAUAAAAGGCUCUUGUAUGCCUGCACGUGCAGACGUCGCUGAUUGGCUGGAGCUGCUAAGGGUCCCCUCACCCGAACCCUCUGCGAACACCCCCGCAAUAUGUGACAACAUCUCUACCAAGAAUCCGGUACCAUAUAUGGCAUUCUGACAACUCCUCACAAUUCCAAUUGGUAAAGAAUCAAGCUUUAUUUCUACCCGGGGGUGGCUUGGUGGCUUUGAAUCAUCUCU